AUGGAGCCCUCGAGCUCGCGCGAGCCACCAUGGGCAGAGCAUGAAAAAGUCUAUUUGCUUGCUGAAAUACUAAAAGCAGCUCCAAUACCAUCUCAUGUUCUCUUCGGAAUCAUACGCGACGCCAACAUCCAGCCACGAUGGAACGAUAUGGCUUUGCCUCCAGGCCGGUCUGUUCGUUCUAGUCAGAUUGCAUUCGACAGCCUCGCAGCGACCUACUCCGCGCCUGGGCAAGAGUAUAGACGUCCCCAGCUACCUGCACCGAUGUUGUUUCCAGGACCGGACAUUACGAGAAAGCGACCACUUCAGCCAGAAGCUUCCACGCCUGUCGGCCGCUUGCUACAACCUCGUCCUCCGCAUUCGUUCCCGGGAGAUUUCAUGCCUGCAGGCCCUGCCUACACGUCCACGAUAAACCCAUCUGGCGAGCCAGCGAACAAAAAGAAACGUGGAAGACCAACAAAAGCGGAGGCACAACAAAGAGCGCAAGAGGCUGCCGCGAGAGGAGAGGUAUAUCCACCACCUAGGAGGGGCAGGCAAUCUAUCACAGUACCACCUGGACCCUCACCACCCAGUUCGGACCCUCGGCCACACGAUCGAACACCACCACCAACAGCGCCUUCGCAGCAGGCUCCCGCAAUGACACCGCAACACCAAAUCGGAGUAGAACACGGGUCAGAGUCCUCAUCAGGCAAGAGAAGACGGACAAGGCCACAACCAUUGGAACUAGAAAAACAUCGCGCAACCAGCGAAAUGGAGUCUCCGCUCGCAUAUGGAUCAGGAGAUCCUAGCCGCAGCCAACAAUACUCAACAUACACACCCAUUUCUGCGCCCUUGCCAUCUUCCACAGAAUCCAGGGACAGAGAUGUGCGUAUGGAAGGGGUCGAAGAGACUCAACCACGAACCACGACACCUCACUCGUUUAAAGACACGGUCGGUAUAUGA